AUGCGCCAUUUAUCACAAAUAUCUCAACUACCUUGGUGCAUAAUCGGCGACUUCAAUGACAUUCUUUCAUCAGAUGAAAAGCGGGGACGUAAUGAACGUCCAGAUUGGUUAAUUCAUGGUUUUCAAGAAGCUGUUUUAGAUGCAGGAUUAAUUGACAUAGAGCUGCAUGUUGGGAUUGAUUGCUAUCCGUUUACUUGGUUCAAAAGCCUCGGAACUAACAGAGCAAUUGAGGAAAAGCUGGACAGAGCACUGGCAAACGUUGAAUGGUGCAAUCUGUUUGUUCAUGCCAAGCUAGAGUGCCUCAUAACGACCGCAUCAGAUCACUAUCCGUUAUUAUUAAGCUGGGAACAAAGAAUAUUUCAAAGCAAACCCCCUAAACAUUUCAAGUUUGAAAAUUCUUGGUUAGUAGAACCGAAUUUCACACAAUUUGUGCACCAAAAGUGGAAUUCUUUCACUGAACCUAUAUUAACUCAGAAGAUGAACAACUGUGCAAAAGAGCUGACUCACUGGAGCGAAGCAAACUGUCAAAGGACUCGGAAAGAAAUUGAGAAAUAUAGGCGCAAAUUGGAGAUGGCAAGACACCAAGUUGAUGAAACCAAUAUUCACCAUUUCAAUGAGAUACGCAAAAAGCUGGAUUUGUUACUUAUUAAGGAUGAUAUCUUCUGGAGACAAAGAGCAAAAACAUUUUGGUAUCGCGAUGGUGAUCUCAAUACUCGGUAUUUUCAUGCAACUGCUUCUUCCCGGAAGAAAAAAACCAAAUUGUGCAAUUAG